CCCUGCCGAGUGCAUCUGCCCCGACGGGAAAGCCUACAACGAAACGGACAAGACAUGCUAUGACCUGUGUGUUCUCUGGCAAGGAGUGUGGCCCCGAUGCUGAUUGCACUGCGUAUGGGACCGAUCCUGUGUGCGAGUGCAACAUGGACGGUUUUCUCUUUAACGAGCCUGACAAGACGUGCUUCG